UUCUUUCAACUUCCGCCUGUUCCCGACAGACACGACAAGAGUAGCGUGUUUGCGUUCGAAGCACAGUCAUGGCCGCAAUGCGUGCCUCGAAUAAUCAAACUGAAACAAGUAUUCCGCCAGUCCAAUCAAAGAUUCGUGGACAUGCUCACUGAAGCCCGGCUAGGCCAACUUUCGGGCAAGAGUAUUCGGGGUUUCGCAUGUCUGGCACGACCUAUCAAAUACGAAGACGGCAUCAAUGCUACGGAAUUGUUUCCCACUAAGAGACAGUCGGAUCUGGCAAAUGAAUCGCAGCUCAAGCGGCUCGGGGGUGAAACCCGCAUGUUUGUCAGGUCAGUCUGA